AUGAACGUCCUCAUCUUUGGCGACCAGACUGCCGACCAGUACCCGCUUCUGCGGAAAGCCUCUCUCCGGAAAGACAAUGCGCUGCUCACCACCCUGUUGGAGCGCGCAAGCGUCGCCCUCAGAAAUGAGAUCAAGCGCUUGCCUCGUUCGCAGCGCGAUAGCAUACCGGACUUUGGCUCCAUCACCUCAUUGGUCGAAGCCUACUACGAGAAGGGCUUGAAGAUCCCCCCGAUCGAGAGCUCUCUCGUUACUCUUGCGCAGCUCUCGCACUACCUGGGGUACUUUGGCGAGAACCCUACCGAGCUUCCCUCUCUUGCGAACACACGCGCUCUUGGUCUCUGCACUGGUCUUCUCGCUGCCUCUGCUGUUGCAUCAGCAAAGACGCUCAGUGACCUCCUGCCUCUUGCAGUCGAAGCCGUUCGCAUUGCAUUCAGGGCUGGCGCUGUCGUUGGAAAUGCCAGGGAUGUCUUGGAGCGCGUCCAAGAAGAGCCUCAAAGUUGGUCUACUAUCGUGGCGGGUAUUUCGGAAGAGUCAGCCAAGACGGCUCUUGCCGACUUCCACCAGGAGAAGGGCAUCGCGCUGUCGAAUCAGGCUUGGGUCAGCGCCGUCAGCGUGAUGGCCAUCACCAUCAGCGGACCCCCGGCCAUCACUCAGCGAUUCUUCACUGAGACUGAGGCUGUGAAGGACAAGACGCGCGUGCCUAUUCCGGUCUACGCACCAUACCACGCCGCCCACCUCCACAGCCAGGCCGACAUCGACAGCAUUCUCGACAGCUCGGCGCGCGAGCUCCUCUCGCAGUAUCGCCCGCAGUGCCUCGUCCACUCAUCCGUGACUGGGCAGUGCCACAGCGCCACGUCUACACUGGAGCUGUUCCAGCUGGCGCUGAGCGAGAUCCUGCAGGAACCCGUGCGGUGGGACCGGUUGCUGGAAGAGGUGGUGUCGCAAGUAACUGAGUUCAGCAAAUCGGAGUGCUCGGUUACCGCCGUUGGUGCAACGAAUGUUGCCAACAGCCUUGUGUCCGCGCUUAGGGCUGGCGGCCAGACCGCCAUCACUGGCAGGGACCAUUCGUCUUGGGCACGGCCCGUUGAGACCGGCACGGGCCGCACACAGAACGACAAGAUCGCCAUCGUCGGCAUGUCGGGUAGGUUCCCUGGUGCUGCCACCGCCGAGAAGCUCUGGGAGCUGCUGGAGGCCGGCCUGGACGUCCACCGCGAGAUCCCGGCCGACCGCUUCGAUGCGAAGGCCCACUGCGAUCCCUCUGGAAAGGGCAAGAACAAGAGCCACACGCCCUACGGCUGCUUCAUCGACGAGCCCGGUCUUUUCGACCCUCGGUUCUUCAACAUGUCUCCGCGUGAAGCCGCCCAGACUGAUCCUAUGGGCCGUCUGGCGCUGACAACCGCAUACGAGGCUCUGGAAAUGUCCGGAUACGUGCCCAACCGCACCCCAUCGACCAAGCUGCACCGCAUUGGUACCUUCUACGGUCAGACUUCGGACGAUUGGCGUGAGAUUAAUGCGUCUGAGAAUGUGGACACCUACUUCAUCACCGGUGGUGUCCGUGCGUUCGCUCCCGGACGCAUUAAUUAUUAUUUCAAGUUCUCUGGUCCGUCAUACAGCAUCGAUACCGCCUGCUCUUCCAGUUUGGCGGCCAUUCAGCUGGCCUGCACUUCGCUGUGGGCUGGUGACUGCGAUACUGCGUGCGCUGGUGGCUUGAACGUGUUGACCAACCCGGACAUUUUCGCCGGGUUGAGCAAGGGCCAGUUUCUCUCCAAGACGGGGUCUUGCAAGACCUACGACAACGACGCCGAUGGGUACUGCCGUGGUGACGGCUGCGGCACCGUUGUCCUCAAGCGCUACGAGGACGCCAUCGCCGACAAGGACAACAUCCUGGGCUGCAUCCUCGGCGCUGCGACCAACCACUCUGCCGAGGCUGUCUCCAUCACUCACCCCCAUGCCGGCGCCCAGGAGUUCCUCUACAAGAGAGUCCUUGCCAACGCUGGCGUCGAUGCUCAUGAUGUGAGCUAUGUUGAGAUGCACGGCACGGGGACCCAGGCUGGCGACGGUAUCGAGAUGACUUCCGUCACCAACGUUUUCGCGCCCCGCCACCGCCAGCGCAAGCCCGACCAGACCCUCCACCUCGGCGCUGUCAAGGCUAACAUUGGACACGGAGAGGCUGCGUCUGGCAUCAACUCGCUGAUCAAGGUCAUGAUGAUGUUGAAGAAGAGUGCCAUUCCAGCCAACGUCGGAAUCAAGGGGGUCAUGAACAAGACAUUCCCCAAGGAUCUGCUUCAGCGCAAUGUCCACAUUGAGCAGAAGCAAGUUGCUUGGCCGAGGAAGGGUGCGGAGCCAAGGAAGGUCUUCCUCAACAACUUCAGCGCUGCUGGCGGUAACACUGCCAUCAUCAUGGAGGACGGCCCUCUGAAAGAGGCUCCGACGGUUCAGGACCCGCGUAGCUCGCACGUUGUGACUGUCUCGGCACGGUCUAUUGCGUCGCUCAAGAGGAACAUCCAGAACUUGAUUGACUUCAUCGGCGAGAACCCUGAAGCUACUCUGACCAGCUUGGCCUACACGACCUCCGCUCGCCGCAUCCAGCACAACUACCGCGUGGCUGUCGCCGUCUCGGAGAUUUCGAAGACCAAGGAUGCUCUGCAGGCUCAGCUCAAGGACUCCUACAGUCCCAUCGCCAUGGUGGCCACCAACACCGCCUUCGCUUUCACCGGCCAGGGCUCUCAGUACACUGCUCUCGCACAGAAGCUAUACCACGACCUGCCCUCGUUCAAGGCUGACAUCGACCAGCUGGACAGCCUUGCCCGCAUCCAGGGACUGCCAUCGUUCAUCCCUCUGCUGGAUGGUACCGAAGUCACCACGCUUUCUCCCGUGGUCGUCCAACUUGGCAUGUCUUGCAUUCAGGUUGCUUUGGCCCGCAUGUGGGGCGCUUGGGGUGUCAAGCCCUCUGCUGUCAUCGGCCACAGUCUUGGGGAGUACGCUGCUCUGCAUGUUGCGGGCGUUCUCUCUGCUGCAGACAUGGUCCUCCUCGUCGGCCGCAGGGCGCAGCUCCUUGUUGCUGAUUGUACCGAGUACACUCACGGCAUGCUUGCUGUCAAGGGCAGUGCCGAGUCCAUCUCCAAUGUUCUUGGUGCCAAGAUGACGGAGAUUGCUUGCAUGAACGGGCCAGAAGAGACCGUCCUUUGUGGCACAACCGAAGUCGUCGAUGCUGCCAACGAAGCGCUCGGUGCCCAAGGUUUCAAGGCCACGAAGCUGAAGGUCCCCUUCGCCUUCCACUCCGCUCAGGUCGAGCCCAUUCUUGAGUCCUUCAAGGCUGUAGCAUCCGCUGUCACCUUCCACAAGCCUACUGUCCCCAUCCUGUCGCCACUUACGGGUGAAAUCAUCCGCGAGAGUGGCACUAUUGGGCCCGAGUAUCUUGCAAGGCAUGCCCGCGAGACCGUCAACUUCUGGUCUGCGCUCUCCACUGGCGAGGACGAGAAGGUCUUCGACGAGAAGACGGUGUGGCUCGAGAUUGGUGCGCACCCGGUUUGUUCCGGUAUGGUCAAGUCCUCGCUCAAUGGCACACCGAUCACCGCAUCCUCCCUCCGCAGGAACGAGGAUCCAUGGAAGACUUUGACCACCAGCCUGUGCACUCUCUACACUGCAGGUGUUCCCAUCGACUUCAACGAGUACCACCGCGAGUUCAACGAUGCUCAGGAUCUUUUGACUCUGCCGACAUACAGCUUCGACAACAAGCGUUACUGGCUCGACUACCACAACAACUGGACCCUCACGAAGGGAGAGGCUCCUGCUGCCAUCGAGGCACCAAAGUCUGCUGCCCCGAUCAAGUCCAAGUUCUCGACCACAUCCUGCCAGCGCAUAGUCAAGGAGGAGCUCCAUGCCAACUCCGGAACGGUCGUCUUCGAGUCUGAUCUCACGGAGCCUACGCUUCACAAGUGUGUCACCGGCCACUUGGUCAAUGAAGCUCCUCUGUGCCCGUCGUCUCUGUAUGCCGAUAUGGGCAUGACUGCCGCGGAUUACCUCUACAAGCAACUGCGCCCUGGUGCAGCUCCUGUCGGUUACAAUUUCUGCAAGAUGGAGGUUCCCAAGCCUUUGAUCGCCAAACUUCCCCCUCCUCCUGAGGGUCAGUUGAUCCGGAUCGUCGCUGAGGCUGAUCUGGAGCAGAAUGAGGUCUCGGUCAAGUUCAUCAGUGUCACUCCCGAGGGCAAGACCAUCCAGGAGCAUGCCACUGGCUGUGUCAUCUACGAGGAUCUCGAUGCUUGGAAAGAGGAAUGGCAGCGCACUUCAUUCAUGGUCCAGACUCAGAUCGACAUCCUCCAGGAGAAGCUUCAGACCGGACGCGCGCACAAGGUGCUCCGUGGCAUGGCCUACAAGCUGUUCAAGGCCCUGGUUGAUUAUGCUCCUGCAUACAGGGCGAUGGAAGAGGUUAUCCUAGACGGCAAGACGACCGAGGCUACUGCUUCCCUCCAAUUCCCAACGAAGCCCGAGGAUGGAAACUUCUUCAUGGCUCCUUACUGGAUUGACGGCUGCUGCCACAUCUCCGGAUUUAUUGUCAACGCCUCUGACCUCGUUGACUCGGAGAACAGUGUGUACAUCUCCCACGGUUGGAAAUCCGUCAAGUUCUCCAAGCAGCUCUCGCCCGACAAGAAGUAUCGCAACUACGUCCGCAUGCAGCCCGCCCCUGGAAACAUCUCUCAGGGUGAUGUCUACAUCUUCGACGGCGAUGAGGUUGUCGGCCUUGUCACCGGCCUCAAGUUCCAGAACAUCCCUCGCCGGGCACUGAACGUCAUGCUCCCCCCUCCGAAGAAGGCUGGUGCUGGAAACGCGAGGCCUGCCAUUGCAGCUGCUCCUGCGAAGGCCCCGGCUUCUGUUGCUCCCAAGUCUGCUUCCAAGUCUGUGUCCAAGUCUGUCGUCGAGACCAAGACCAAGAAGACUGUCAAGGUUGCUUCACCCAAGUCGUCAGGCAAUGUUAUUACCAGCCGCGUCAUGAAGAUCAUUGCCGAGGAGUGUGAGCUUGACAUGUCCGAGCUUGUCGAUGAAGCCGCCUUCGAGAACAUGGGUGUCGAUUCUUUGAUGUCUCUCACCAUAUCCGCCAAGUUCCGCGAAGACCUAGAUCUCGACAUCUCCUCGACGCUCUUCACCGACUACCCUACGGUCGGUCAGAUGAAGAAGUUCUUCGCGCAGUACGACGGGGGUGCUCCGCUUGUCGAGUCGGAGGACUCGACAGAGUCGGAAGCGUCUGACCCUCGCACUCCCGAAGAUGAUGACUCGGACACCGAUCCCAGUUCCGCCCCGAGCUCCGCCCCGAGCGUGAGCGGCAAGGACGAGUACGUCGAGGUGAAGGUCAAGGAGACUCGUGAAGUCACUAGCGAGGUCAGUUUGGCUCGCCAGAUCAUCUCGGAUGAGAUGGGGGUGCCGACUUCUGAGAUCGGAGACCAAGCCGACCUAUCCGAGCUUGGCAUGGACUCCCUUAUGAGUCUUACCAUCCUCGGUGCGCUGCGUGAGCAGACUGGAGUGGAUCUUCCGUCGACCUUCCUGGUGACCAAUGCCACCAUCGAGGACGUUGAAAACGCCCUCGGCAUGAGGCCCAAGACCCAAGAGAAGGUCAAGACCGAGACCACGGUCGAGCAGAGGACUGCGCCGAAGCCCAAGCCCAAGCCGACCAAGGCGCCGCAGCUUUCGGAGGUGAACAAGAAGCUGAGCUCGACCAUUGACGUGUCCAAGCUUCCGCCCGCCAACUCGGUCCUGCUCCAGGGAAAUGCUAAGAUCGCGACGAAGAAGCUCUUCUUCUUGCCUGACGGGUCUGGCUCUGCGACGUCGUACAUCUCCAUUCCCAAUCUCUCGCCCGACCUCGCCGUGUACGGCUUGAACUGCCCGUUCAUGAAGUGCCCGGAGAAGUUUGAUUGCGGCAUUGAGGCAGUCAGCAGACUCUAUCUCAACGAGAUGAAGCGCCGCCAGCCCGAGGGUCCAUACUACAUCGGUGGUUGGUCUGCGGGAGGUGUCAUUGCCUACGAGGUCUGCCAGCAGCUCCUCGCCGAUGGUGACAAGGUCGAGAGGCUCCUCUUGCUCGACUCGCCGUGUCCCGUCAGGCUCGACCCGCUUCCCGCGCGUCUCCACCACUUCUUCGAUUCGAUCGGACUGCUUGGAACAGGCAAGCCCGGAGGCACUCCCGGCUGGCUCCUGCCUCACUUCGCGGCUUCGAUCAAGGCGCUGAAGGAGUAUGAGCCUGUCCCGAUGCCUCAAGACAAGGCACCCGAGACGUAUGCCAUCUGGUGCACAGAUGGAGUUUGCCCCAACCCCGACGACCCCCGCCCGCCGCCCGGUGAGGAGGAGGAUCCGGCACCGAUGACAUGGCUCCUGAACAACCGAACCGAGUUUGAUGACAACGGUUGGGGCCAGAUCAUCCCCAAGGACAGGAUGAAGUUUGGCGUCAUGGGUGGCAACCACUUCACGAUGAUGAAGGAUCCUUAUGCCGACAAGCUUGGCGAGUUGAUCAGAGAAGGCAUGAGUCUGGAGCUAUAG